GUCCACUCUCCAUCCACCAGCAUGGCCACGUCCUCCCAGUACCGCCAGCUGCUGAGUGACUACGGGCCACCGUCCCUCGGGUACACCCAGGGCACUGGGAACAGCCAGGUGCCACAGAGCAAGUACGCAGAGCUGCUGGCCAUCAUUGAGGAGCUGGGCAAGGAGAUCAGGCCCACCUACGCGGGCAGCAAGAGCGCCAUGGAGCGGCUGAAGCGAGGCAUCAUUCACGCCAGAGGUCUGGUCCGGGAGUGCUUGGCCGAGACCGAACGCAACGCCAGAUCCUAG